AUGGAGUCCUCUCUUCGUUCACGUCCGUCGCAGGCGCCGCGCAAGGCCCAACGGACCCCCACCAAACUCGCAAAACCAGGUGCCGGACCCACACCACGCGACAGGGGCAAGAACCGCGUCGAUGACAAGAUUAAGAAGCGCAUGUCGACGCGUUAUGCCGACAUCUCCAGUCCAACCCAGCUCACAGGCGUACCCGCGAUGCCAUCAUUUAUGGGCCUAAUUCCUGCUGGCCAAGGAGCGGAGACGCCAGGUCGCGACGGAGAGGAGGACGUCAGAGAUAGAACGGGAACCCGAGACGAUGUCAGGGUAGUCAGCGAUGAUAAAAAGCUUCUCAAUGCUGAGGACUUUGAUCCUGGUUCUUUCCUUAAACUCAAGUUGGCGAAUUCGACGGAGGCGGAACUGAAGUCGCUACAAUCUUCGCUCCGUGGUGCCAUCAAGGACACAUCCUCUGAGCUUCAGCGGAGUGUGUUCAAGAACUAUGCCGAGUUCGUACUCAUCUCCAAAGAAAUCUCGGUCCUCGAAAACGAGAUGCUUGAGCUCAAGGAUCUGCUUUCUGACUACAAGUCCAUGCCGUCCACACUUUACAUUCCUGAUCCGACUUCGACGUCCUCGUUGACCUUGUCCACCUACAAGCGCUCCUCCGUGGCCGACCUGCGAGUGUUAUACUUUAAUCAGAUGCAAACUCUGCAUGCUACAAUUGAAGGCGCCUCCAAGUUCGUACCCACGACUCCUGGCCGACAUAUCGUAGGAGAGAUGGAGAAUGUUUUCAGUCUUAAUGCUGCCACAUACAAGGUCACAGGAAAAGUGAAGUUUGUGGUCCUGGACGAUGCGGUACUCGUAGCCAAGAGAAGGAGACGCAAUGCCGGACCGGUUGGAGGAGACGGCGGCGGAUCCACUGUCAACGAGGGGAAACUGGUCGCGGAGAAGUGUUGGGCUCUGAACGAAAUGCUGGUUCUAGAUACGAAAGAUUCCCCAAACAUGACGAAUGUAUUCAAAAUACGACACGGGAAGGAAACACAUGUGUAUCGUACAGAAUCGCCAAGUGAUAAGAAGAGCCUCCUUGCGCAAUUCCGACAGGUAGCAGAAGAACUCUCGCAAAAGCGGCGUAAAGAGCGAGAAGGCGAGCACGAGCGGAGGAAAAGCAUGUGGCACGGAGGUGGCGGUGGAGGGCGCAACUCUCCGGCACCUCCGAUUCCUGAAUGGAUGGCAGACCUGGCAAAGAAGGGUGGUGAUAUUCCUGGUCUCGGGACGGACGCGAAGGAUAAAGCGGAAAGAGAUGCGCGAUGGGUCGGUGAAUGGUCAGACGACCUUACAGUGGCGAUAGCCCUUAAGGAAUGGAGCAAAGCUGUAGACCUAGUUGAAAAAGGGCAAGCAAAGCUUUCAGUGACACCUCUCCUCUCUACCAAACUCUUCCACCUCACGAGUCAGCUGAUAUCAUCUCUUCUCGAAUCACUUGCACUCCCUUCCAAUCGGAAGUCAUCCGUUGUCUCGCUGAUUUCUCUGCUAAACCGUCUCAAAGGUGGCGCUGCUGCCAGGGCAACAUUCUUGGAAAUGCGGGCGAAGGUCAUCCGGGGCCUAACGCGCAAAAUUCGGUUUGAGGGUGACGUCAGGACAUACGUUGGCGAAUUGGCGGUUGUAUACUUUACCGGGAUCAAGCAUACCGCGGACUGGUAUCUCGCCAGCUUCAAGGAAAAUGAAGUCGCUAGCUCAUUCAUUACAUGGACGAAACAACAGCUUGAGGAUUAUGCAGAGAUUUUCAGGCGGCAGGUCUACUCCAAGGAUGUCGAUCCCAAGGUCGUCGAAGACGCUGUGAACAUUACAAAGGCACAGAGUCGAAAGCUUCUCCAAGAGUACGGCCUUGAUUUCCGAUACCUUUUGGACGAUGCGCUGCUGGAGAAUCCUAAAGCGCAGAACAAACUCCCUCCUUCAUUCUCACUUAACCAGCAUCGUCUCUCGAAGCAAAGUGGACAAUAUUCAGCUACCCUUGCCAAAGGAGUUGAGAGGCAACCGCAGACUACGACGGCGACUGCCCCGCCUCCUCCGAUGCUCUCAGCAGCGCCGCCACCCGUCAAUCGACGACGCUCGCCAGGACCUGUUGGUACCAAGUCUCAGGCCCCCUCUCCGCUCGUGGUUGCAAACGGAGAAUCUCUAUACCCACCACCCGUUUCUGCAGGAAUCAAGUCACCUACGAUCGUGAGCCCCGGGGGAUCGGGUUAUCCGAACGCAAUGCGCUUCGACAUCAACACUCCAACGUACUCCGCACGGCCCAAUGCUGCCUAUCCUCCGUCGGCGAUGGCCCGUGCCCGCCCUCCAGUGUCGGCUGUCCAGCAACAGCAAGCCACAACGCCCAUUUCCGCGCCUGCGCCUAUGGUGCCAUUGUCCUCUCCUCUUCCUCGUCCUCCAAUGAGUGCGACCCCGUACCGAAUGAGAGAACGUUCCGACAGCUUCAGAGAUAGAGAUGGUUCAGAGUAUAGCUACCGGGACACUAGAUCUGACAGCGGCCGUGACGGCUAUAGGGAGAGGCCACCCCGGUCUGCAAGGGCAAGCCCGGUUCCGCGUAGUCCGGCUCCUGUGCCUCCGCGCUCUGCGAAUCGACCUGGUAGUGCAAUGGGACAGCGUACUCCGGUAGCUGUCGCCCAACGCGAGGGCAUGAUUUGA